GAUUGUCGCGAGGGAGCAACUUGUGCUGUUACUGGCUGAUGCGCACAGUAGGCGGAGUGUAAUCAGGUGUCGCGAGGGAGCGACCUGCGCUGCUAUUGGCUGACGCUCGCGGUGGGCGGGGUUUCAACAGCCCCGCUCGGAAGCUGUGAUUUUUUUUCCCCAGUAUCAAUUGAUCCGCGCCGGGUGAGUUCUGCUGCAGCGGACCGUCUGAUUCUCCAACACAAAUGCGGAUAAGAGAGACACGCCACUGUACCAUGAGAAAACACCCUCAUCACUGUAUUUCUGGAUAGAAACAGAAGCCCUGGUGUUUCGGACGGAUUUAAUGGUUUGUAAGGCUGAGCGGUAGUCAGCAGCUGUUCCCCCGCAAGAAUGAGCUCUUCUCCCGUCGUCUCGCGCGUGUCCGUCGACAUCCUGGAGGAACUGCAGCUGUUCACAGCUCAAAACCUGGAGAAGGUCGAGGUCAACAAAUACUAUGAAGUCAUACGGGAGCUUGGCAAGGGAACCUAUGGGAAGGUGGACCUCGUCAUCCAUAAGAUCAGAGGUAACAAGAUGGCUCUUAAGUUCCUAAAGAAGAAAACAACCAAGCUGAAGAGUUUCUUAAGAGAGUACAGCAUCUCCCUCUAUCUUUCUCCGUGUCCCUUUGUCAUCAACAUGUCUGGCAUUGCGUUUGAAACGGAGGAGUACUAUGUUUUUGCACAGGAGUACGCCCCGUCUGGAGACCUGUUUGAUAUCAUUCCACCACAGGUGGGACUGCCGGAGCCGGUGGCGAAGCGCUGCGUCCAUCAGGUGGCCAUUGCCCUGGACUACCUGCACUCCAAGAAGCUUGUGCACAGAGACAUCAAGCCCGAGAACAUCUUAAUCUUCGACAAGGAGUGUCGCAGGGUCAAGCUGUCGGAUUUUGGCAUGACGCGGCGCGCCGGCUCGCCAGUGAAGCGCGUGAGCGGCACCAUCCCCUACACGGCGCCGGAGCUCUGCGACACGUCCAAACACGAGGGUUUCUGUGUGGACUACAGCACGGACGUGUGGGCCUUCGGAGUGCUGCUCUUCUGCAUGCUCACCGGGAACUUUCCCUGGGAGAAGGCCAUGCCGUCCGACACUUUCUACGAAGAGUUUGUGCGCUGGCAGAGGCGGCGGACGGGCACUGUGCCGUCCCAGUGGCGCCGCUUCACGGACGAAGCCCUGCGCAUGUUCAGAAAGCUCCUGGCCUUGGAGCAGGAACGCCGCUGCUUGGUCAAGGAGGUGUUCGUGCAUUUCAGCCACCGUUGGAUGCUGGAUGGCCAGAGCAGCGGAAACCACAAUCAGGCCACGCUGAACUCUUCAUCUGAGGAGGAGGAGCUGCUGGUGGGCCGCAUGAAGCAGCAGACCUUGUCUCCGACGGCUUCCAAGAGCAACGGCGUGGACUCCGGAUCGACUCACCACUUCACCUCCGUGUCCACGAACAGCUCCGUGUCUUCCACCAACAGCUAUGAGCGUUCGGCCAGAGACAGUCCUCCUAGCAGCCGCAUCCUGGUCACGACGCCUAUAGAGAUCUGCGUGUGAACGCACAGCUGACGGGAUCAACAUGCGCACAAGCAUUCGCAUCCAUAAGAGACUCCAAACACUCGCACACAUCCGUAACGGAGUUUGACGAACAAUAUAGCGCUAUUGUAUGGAAGCCCAUUUCCACCACAUAAAAUUAUAACAUAAAAAGUCAUAAUUAUGACAUAAGUCGAAUUUAUGACAUACUAAGUCAUAUUUGAGAUUAAAGUCAAAAUUAUGACAUACUAAGUCAUAAUUCUGACAGUUAUAAUUAUGAGAUGAAAAAUUGAAAUUACUGAUAAAAAUUAUGACUGUCAAUUUUGACUGUCAUAAUAAUGACUUUUUAAGUCAUAAUUGUUACUUUGAAUGUCAUAAUUUCGACUAGGUCAUAAUUUUGACUUUUCAUGUCAUAAUAAUAACAGUCAAAAUUAUG